AGAUGCAAACGUUGCACAAGGCGCUCAUCUUCGCGGCAGUGAUCUUCCUCUGUGUUCCUGGAACAAUCCAUGGCUUCGGAAUCAACAUUGCGAGCAUCCCCUCCUUGAGAUCGUCUCCUGCAUCCGUCAGCAAGAAUCCGAUCUUCGCCUCCUCCCCAUUGACCCCCCAGCGAUUCCCGUCGCUGCUGCCCCUUCGCAACAGCAAGGACGAACAAGUGCCCGAGGCCUCGGAGGAGACUGAAGCCUCGGCCGAGUCCGUCGAGGCGUCUGAGGAGCAGCUCGAUACCGACUCCAAGGAAUUCUUGCAGAGGAAGGUGGAGAUUCUUCAGAAGGAGCUUGACGAGACGAGCGCUAAGUUGCAAGAUCUCGAGGCCGAUGCCAAGUCCCUUGAGGAUCUCAAGGCGCGAGGCAUUUUGAAGCUUGCAUCUGCUGUGGAGCUCAAGGAAACGUACAUCCGUCUGGCUGCCGACUUUGAGAACUACAGGAAGCGCACGGCAUCGGAUCUUGUCAGGGCUAAUGACAUGGCGACCGUCAACGUUGUCAAGGAGCUGUUGGUAGUCCUGGACACCUUCGAGCGAGCAGGAAGUGCUAUCAAGUGCGAGACGGACAGGGAGCAAAGCAUCAACAACAGCUACCAGGCAGUGAACAAGGAGCUCUUGAAGGUCUUGAACAAGCUGAACGUGGAGGCGAUUGAGCCCCUCGGACAAGAGUUUGACCCCAACAUGCACAACGCCAUCCAGCAGCUCGAGUCGAAGGAGUACAAGGAGAAUGUCGUCUGCCAGGCUCUGCAGAGAGGGUACAAGAUCGGCGAUCGUGUUGUUCGUCCUGCCCUGGUUGUCGUCUCGUCCGGACCAGGACCCGAGGAAUCUGGAGAGGAGACAUCAGCCCCGUCGGAGCAGUCAGAAAGCUCGGCCUAGAUAACUUGCUGGGUCCGAGGUGAUAGUAAAGCACACAACCAACU